UGAACGUCGAAAUGAUGCGCCCACGUUUAUUCAAUUAAGUGCUCAAAUUAUUACACUACCCUUUCGAAAGACUGCAUCAAAUUUUGAAAACGAAGUCAGUGUACGUUCUCCGACAUUUUUAUUCAACCAAGCUCGAUGAGGCGCGGUUUGAAGAAUUAUUGAUGUACAUCCACAUCAUAGGAAAAGAGGAUAAAUGAAAAGUACUUCUUAAUUCAAAAGUAUUCAACUCUAUCAGAAAGAAAAACAAAUCAGUCAAUUGAAAUGGAAAGUGACCACACCCAAGGGCAAGAACUGUAACCGGUUCGACACUCAGCAGCAAAUUGACCACCUUUUGGUAUAAAUAGAAGGUCCAGAGUGGAAAAAUCCAUCAAACAAGCUCUCUCUUCAAGGGAACUACAUCCGUUCUCCAACUUUUCCAUCAUGAAAGUGAUCGCUAUCGUUCUCCUCAUGGCUGGUGCCGCUAUGGCUCAGUAUGGUUCUCACCACGCCCCAGUCGUCCACCAAGUGGUUCAUCAACCUGCUGCAUAUGGUGCCGCUUCCACCGGACAUGCCUAUGGAGCCCAUGGACAACACGCCUCUGGAUACGCCACCCAUGGAAACGCCCACCACGCUGACCGAGGGCACUACGCUGACAGGGCACAUGCCGCUCAUGGACACCAUAAUGUUGGAGCUUCUUCCAGCCAUGAUGCCCAUGGAGCCCAAGGUUCCCACUAUGGCAAGUACCGAAACGUCGGAGCUUACGCCAGCGACAAGGGAACCGGAUACGAAAAGGCCUACGCCUACGACAAGAAGGCCGGACACCACGCCGUCCUCGCCGACCACGGUGCCCAAGCCAGCAGGUACGGAGUUGCCGACAGGGCUGCACACCACAAUGUUGGAGCUUACGCUCAGGCCGGACACGACAGACAUGGAGCCCACGACAGAUACGCCGCCCAGGCCCAUGGAGUCCGAGCCCACGACAACGCCGCUUACGGACGAUACAGCACUGGACACCAACAGGCUUACCACCACGCUCCAGCAGUCGUUGCCUACCACCAAGCCCCAGCACAUUCCUACCACUAUUAAAAAUCUCACUUUAAAUUAUUGGCUCGACUUUCAUGACUGGAAAUGGACAAAGAAUGACUCUUCGUUUCCGUUAUUGUUACAUUAUUUAUUAAAUUUGUGUAAAAAAAUGAAAAACACCAAUAAAAAAUUUUUAAAACAUA